AUGAUAGACUAUAAUUUAAUGCAUAAAGCUAAUCCAUUACUGUUUGCACCUGAACGGUAUGAUCAAUAUCCUUUGAAUCACCAGGAAUUGAUGCAAUAUUUGACAUCGGCAUCUUCUUCAGGUGCUACAGUUUGUCCAAGACCUGUGACAGCCACUGAUGAGUUUGAUUAUUUGUUAUAUAUGGAUGGUAAUUCCUCUAACCGUUCUUCUGCUAGUCCUGAACAUUUAACCAACAUGUCAUCUUCAGCAAUUAAUACAGGAGUUAUGGAAUUAGAUCUGGAUAAGAAGUUAGCAUGUGAAUUUGCUAUUUACCAAACUCAUAUGAGAAAUAAACAAAAUGAUAUUAGUGGAAAAAAUGAUAAUUCUCACAAAGCUAAAAAAUUUAAUGAAUUAUUACAAAUGAAAGUGGGUUCAAAUGAAUGGUUUGAUGAAAUGUUACAUCUUUUGGAAUCUAUUAAUGCUACAAAUAUUGAUCUUAGCUCCAUUGGGGAUAUGACCAUUGCCACAAAGGAUAAUAGUCUUCGUAAGAAAAUUGUCGGUGAUGGGCAGGUUUCAAAUAAUACGGAUGGAAUAGAGAGAACAGAUACAACAGGUAUCGAUUUGCAAGACACAAUAUCGUAUAUUAUGUCGAAUGCAAUCAAGAAUGGUGUUGAUAUCAAACCACAAUUUAAGGAAACUAAAUCUGAAAUAAAAAAUCAUUCUAACGAGAAAGAAUAUCUUCGUAAUAUUAUUGAUUCUAUGAUUGAAAUGGCAAAAAUAAACAGGGAUAAAGUUACUAAUAUUACAGAGGAUAAAGAAGCUGACAAUGUUAAAAUGAAAGAAAUGAAUACAGCAUUAAAUGAUUUACAAUUAGCACAUAAUUUCUUAACGAGACAGUUUGAAAGUGACAGAAUCGAAUAUUCUAAGGAUAUUGAGAAAUUAACAAAAACUAAUAGAGAAUUACAAGAAAAAUUAUUGAAUUAUCAUUCAAAUUUGACCAAAACAGAAAAUGAACUACAUGAAACCCAAGAAAAAUUACAAAUGAAGGAAUUAAAUCCAGUUAUUGAAGGAAACAACACUCCUCUCCUUAAGGGUCUGGGAGAUGAUUUAGGGUUCUUAUCGCCAAUAACUGUGGAUCCUGAUAAUAUACGUAGCAGUCAAAGUUCAUUUGAUUCAAAGGGUGAACCUAAGAGUGAUGGUAAGGGAUCAUCGUAUUCUUUAACAUUGAUGCGUAAUGAAUUUAAAAAACUAUUAACAGAAACGCAACGCAAAUAUGAAACAGAACUUGCUAAAGAGAGAGAACUACGUCAAGAACUCGAAAAGAAACAAUUGAAAUAA